GGACGAGCGACGAGUAUUGCUGCUCGGCGGUUCGCUGGACCAUAAUGCACUUAUGGAGUUCUGCGACGGCCAUGGCAAAGAAAUCGGUGAUCCAAUACAGUCCGUCUGGUGUAUCAACAGAGACCUCUACUUCAAAAUGCGCUACAUAUACCACCUUGGCGUUGGGGCCGAUAGACUUCCAUACGCCAAAAAGUGUAACAUGCCAAGCACGCGCAUCAGCACAUAGUUACUUGCGUCGUGUGAGAGUCGAUUGCCAGCCGCAUGGCCGAUGUCCCCACGACCCGACAGCCCAUUUCUGUUGUCUACAGUGCUAUCGAUGCUCUCAUCAGCCUUGGGGUUUGUGUCAGCACGCGGCGUCCCUCAAAGCGAUGUCGUCGGCGAGUAUCUUCUCCUUCUCCUCCCAUCCAGGCUCAAUAAUUUGAUUCACAAUCGAGAUCACAUACUUAUUUCUUCCAUGGUCUGCACGACGAUGAUUCGCGUGGGAUGUUUGGUGGCCUGUGCCGCUGUGGCGAGCGGGCUCCAUGCCGACACGGGCACCCUGACCCAGCUCCGGGGUUCCAAUCAUUCGGUCCUCAUCCUGGGAUGCUCUGUAGACAGGAACGCCGUGGAGAGCUUCUGCGGCAAGGUCGACAGGUUUUACCGCGUGGGGUGCUACGACGAGGAGCGCCAGCUCAACAUCGGCUUCGUCUUCCACCCCGGGGUGGGCAUCAACGGUGACCUGCAGCCGCCCUUUUACAACCGCACCCAGUGGGGCUCCAAUAUAGGGCAGCCUAUAUCCGACGACAAGGUCCUGCGCAAGUGGUCCUCGAGCAUGGUGGGAGAGCUGUUCCCCGACAUGGUCGUGGUGGACAGCUCCCUGUGGGACCUGUCGACCUGGGCCUCGUGGGGCAUGAGAAACGUGACGGCAGACCGGCUGCGCCAGUGGGGCAUGCGUGAUCUGAAGAAUGAAUUGGCCCGCGUGUCCGAGGCAUACAACGAGAGCCGCAUCGUCUUCAGGACUGCGCCCGCAGUGUACAACACAAAGUGGGUCGUUAGUGACGCAGGACUCGUGUACAAGGAUGUGGCGGCAAUCUCGAAUGAUGGAAUCCGCAUGAUGCAGAGGGAGCUGAGGAAGCACAUCAAGGAUGGCAAGCUGUACGGCAAGUACGAGGUGAUCGACUACAGCCAGAUCAUGGACGAUCUUAUCCAGGAGCGCGGGGCCGACGAUCCGUCCCUGUGGCUGAAGGACGGGUACCAUCCGAAGACAGAAAGUGCGGAGCCCUCCCGGCGCUACCUCAACGAGAUCUUCCGCCUCAUGGACUUGGCGACGGUGGAGAAGAAGGUGGAGGCGGACGGCUUCCGGCGGCGGUGGGCGGCGGCCGCUGGCGACUGGGACGAGGCGGGCGAUCUGCCGUGAGCGCUGCGGCAAUUCCCUCGCCAGCCCGAUUGCCCGAAUGGUGAAGAUGGGCCCGGUGGUUCUCACUUCACUGGAAGUCCGUGCGGGCUUCUCGGAUCGGCGCCGAGCUCCCCUCCCCGGAGGCGCGCCCCCGCGCCAGGGGCGGCGCUGAGGGUGCAUAAACCUGCACUGUUUCAUGUUGUCCCAGCUUGUUAGUGCAUGCAGCGGCUCACCUAUUCCAGGUUGGCUAUAGCAGGCUCUUUGGUUUGGAUGUGUGUCUCCCGCCUCCUCGGCCUCCUCCGUCGUCGUCGUCCUCCUCCUCCUCCGGCAGAUGUGGACGCAAUCUGUUUUAACAGUUUGAACGCCAGUUGGGGCGCACACUGCUUUAACAGUUUUAACGCCGGCUGCGCGGCAACUGCUGGCCAGGUGUUGGUUCCGUGAGUGAAAAAAAUAAACGCC